CACACCCAACCUUAUAUGGACGGAUCGAACAAGGUAAUGGUUUAUUUGCCUCCUGCACCCAAUAGCACCAGCACUGUAUCCACGAGCCGCGCUAGCACUUGAGACACUUUGGCAUCCCUCCCUGCAUGGACUCACUGCAGACCGACGCGCAGCUUUACUUCUUGCAGGCGAUGCAUGCAUGCACAGCGGCUCCAGCUCUACUUCCCCCUUGAAAUAUCUCAGGUUUUGUUUUCCCCCUCCGUGUGCGUGCAUGUGCGUGUGUCUCCCCCCGAGAAAAACAGCGGAUCGUCCGAGAGAAAAAGGGCGCUUGGUGCUGCAACUUUUUUUUUUUUUUUUUUUUUGUCGCCCCCCCACCAGAACAUGUCGUUGACCAACACAAAGACGGGCUUCUCUGUAAAGGACAUUUUGGACCUUCCGGACACGAAUGACGAAGAAGGAUCUAUCACCGGGGCGGAGGAGGACACUGAGAGCACGUCCACAACGAAAAGCACUGGAGUUUUGGUGAAAAGUCCACUGGAAACCGCGCAGAACUUGCCUUUAAAGAACCCGUUUUAUGACACCAGUGACAAUCCUUACACGCGAUGGCUCGCCACGACGGACAGUAUUCAAUAUUCAUUGUUCCUCCCCUUUCUCGCCGCCGCAGUGCACGGCCUCUCCGCCGGCUCGCAGGACUCGGCCAAGUCCCCGGAGCCGUCCGCGGACGACGAAUCGCCGGACAACGACAAGGAGACGUCCAGCAGCGGCGGCAGCGACUCGGGCAAGAAGCGCAAAAGACGCGUGCUCUUCUCCAAGGCGCAGACCUACGAGCUGGAGCGCCGCUUCCGGCAGCAGAGGUACCUGUCCGCCCCGGAGAGGGAGCACCUGGCCAGCCUCAUCCGCCUCACCCCCACCCAAGUGAAGAUCUGGUUCCAGAACCACCGGUAUAAGAUGAAGCGAGCCCGGGCCGAGAAAGGUAUGGAAGUGAGCCACCUUCCCUCCCCCCGGCGGGUGGCGGUGCCCGUCUUAGUCCGGGACGGGAAGCCGUGUCACACCCUUAAAGCCCAGGACUUGGCGGCCACUUUUCAGGCCGGGAUCCCGUUCUCGGCGUAUAGCGCGCAGUCGCUCCAACACAUGCAGUAUAAUGCGCAGUACAGCGCCGCCGCCACGCCGCACUUCCCCACGGCGCACCACUUGGUGCAAACGCAACAGUGGACUUGGUAAGGGGACGCGCUAUAGAGAGACUUUGGGAAGAUUCCACGCCGCACCGCCACACGCAAAACAGAGGGAACGCGCACACACAUCAACACACGCACACACACAAACAAAAGACUUCAUUUUUUUUGCAGCAUAGUACCAUUUUUAUUCGGGGCUCAUAUGUGCGCACCGUGUUUACAUGUUUUCGUUAAGAGAACUGGCUCCCUUAAACGUCCCUUAUAGAUUGAAUUGAGAAUGUCAAUGCUCUUCUUGUGAACAUUUUUUUCGUGUGUGUUAAAGGUUGUAGAUACAUUUUCUUUCCCACCCCCCGUGUUAUUAUCAGCACGUGUAUGAACCAAUUUAUAACUAUAGAAAUGUUCAUUUCUUGCUUCUUUUAUGGACCCACAAAUAUUUAUGGCCAUGAAUAAACACUGGCAACUUUUCAGAUAUUCCGAGCCUUUUUUUUCCCGCCCCAUGUGCAUUUUUGGUGCAAAAAUUCAAGCAAGUAAAUCCAAAAAUAAAAAUAAUAUAACGAAUUCAAUCACACAAUAGACGGCGCUCGUGUAUUUAUUUGUUUAAUUACACAAAUCCCUCAACAUUAAACCAUAUUAUGAAAGAACAGAGCAGUAUUUUCUGUUUAAACACAUUUAAU